CAUUAGUUGUUUAAAGAAGAUAUAUUAUUUAGAAUAUUAAAUAUAUCAGGAAAGUAAUUAUAUGUGUGUGGGCGGGUACUCAGAGGCGGGUUUAUCUAAAUUCAAACCCAGCCCGACCCGGUGAAUAGUGUAACGAGUUUAAAUCCGAAUCCGAUCCAAAAUCCUUUAACACGGGUUUUACCCGUGUUGACCGGGUUGGGUCGGGUGGGUACCCAUGAGUUCGGGUUUUGUUGCCAUCCCUACUUGGGUGUUACAACUAAAUAUACGAACAGUCCUCUUGGGCCCAAAACACAUUAUCUCGGCCCAAAAAAGAAUUGCCCGGCCCGGCCCGGCCUUUGUGAAUCUGUGCUUUGAAAAGAACAGAGCCAGUUGGCACUUUCUGUGUUCACAGUCUUCGACUCUCAUUCUCCCCGUGCUUCCACCGCAGCAGCGCCGCCGCUUUCCGCCUCCACCGUCUUCAAUAUCCCAACGCCGUUGUCAGCCGCUCGAAUUCCUAAAUGCUUUCCCAAUCAAAUUCCUCCUCUUCCCUCUUCCAUUCCACUCCCCAUCUUCUGCAUUUUCCCACCGUCGCCGCCUCUCAAUCCCUCCUCCGCCUCCCACCUGCCGCCGCCAAUCUCUGCUUCACAACUCUUAGAUUGCAGUCUCAAUUUCCCCUCUCGCUCAAUCGCCAAACCUGCCGUGCUUCCUCUUCGAUGGCGGCAACGUCACAGCUCCCUGAGGAUAGCUCCUUUCUGUCGUCGACGGAGCUCGACGGUUUCGCUGACGUCGCUGGCAGAUUGGCGGACGCUUCCGGUGAAGUCAUCCGGAAGUACUUCCGCAAGAAAUUCGAAAUUCUAGACAAGGAUGAUUCGAGUCCGGUGACGAUUGCCGAUCGAGCAGCUGAGGAAGCAAUGAUUUCGAUCAUAUUGGAGCACUUACCUUCUCACGCAAUCUAUGGAGAGGAGAAUGGUUGGCAGUGUAAGGAGAAGUCUUCAGAUUUCGUCUGGGUUUUGGAUCCAAUUGAUGGCACUAAAAGCUUCAUAACUGGGAAACCACUAUUUGGCACGCUCAUUUCUCUGCUAUUCAAGGGUAAACCGAUACUAGGCAUAAUCGAUCAGCCCAUACUAAGGGAACGAUGGAUCGGAAUGGUUGCAAGGAGAACAACAUUGAAUGGGGAAGAAAUUUCAACUCGCAGUUGCCUGCAACUGUCGCAGGCAUACUUGUACACUACUAGUCCCCAUCUUUUCAGCGGAAAUGCUGUAGACGCAUUUGCUUGUGUUAGAGAUAAGGUGAAAGUGCCAUUAUACGGGUGUGACUGCUAUGCUUAUGCCCUUCUGGCAUCUGGAUACGUAGAUCUUGUCAUUGAAUCUGGUCUCAAGCCCUAUGAUUUUCUCGCCCUGAUCCCAGUGAUAGAGGGUGCUGGAGGGAUUAUUACUGAUUGGAACGGGCGCGAUCUUUCUUGGAAGGCUUCUCAAGAUUCUAAAGCUCCAAGUUUCAAUGUUGUGGCAGCUGGAGACAGGCAGAUUCACCAACAAGCUCUAGAUGCAUUGCAGUGGCCCUGAAGAUGUGCUAUUUGCGACGAAAUCAACUGCCGUAUCUCAACUGCAACAUUUAUUCACCUCGGUAACCAUAGCUAAACAUAAUUUUCUUUAGGACUUAGGAAAGGGCCUGAAAUCAGCGAAGACAGGCAUAUGCUCGGCUACCGGAUCAAAUCAUCCUCUUUUGUGGGAACCAACUACUCCUUCGGCACCGUAGUUCUCAGCCCGGUUAAGGUUUGCAUAUGCACCCCAAUUUCGUAUGAAUGGUAGAUGUUCCUUAGAUUGUAACUUGUAAGGUCGGUUUACUCAGACAUCUUGCUCCGUGACCACCCGGAUGCCUUUUCUUAUGAACUUAGAGGUCCUUCCUGCCACACAAUAGAUUGAGUUCCCGGUUCAAUAGACUCGAAUGAAUAAGCACAGCAAUG